CUAGACAUACUACAGAAGCUACACGACACCAGAGACGAAGGCUGUUCAUCUGCUGGUUUCAUCGGAGCAGCAGGGAAUAAUCACGUCAACGUUCUACGAUGGCUUUACGACUUCUACGACGAACACGGCGACCCACCGAAGGAGCUGGCUGCUGCUGCUACGAAUGGACACGUGCAGGCGGUGGAGAUGCUACGCGAAGAUGUCGAGGCGGACGACACGGUCCUAGCUGUGCAAGCAGCGGCUGCUGGGGGUCACGUUGAUGUGCUGCGGGCUCUUUGGCCCUGGCCAAGGAAUCCUUGGAGUAAUGCCAUGAGGAAGGCACCUUACCUUGCGGCGGAGAAUGGGCAACUGCGAGCCCUGCAGUACCUAUUUGAGAGAAGAGGGCACGUGAUGUUCGAUGGUUUCGCCUUGCGCAGGGCUGCGGAGUUGGGCCAUAUUGCGAUUGUCGAGUAUUUG